AUGGCUGUAAGCGUGCUGUCGGAAAGCAGGCAUCGUCGUCGAUGGUCCGUUCCCGUGAUGCCCGUAGCAGCUUUUCUCCUGGUUGCUUGCGCCAGCUGUUUUCUGACAACUAGGGCACGUGGCGAGAGCUCGUUGGUGGGCCACGGCGAGCGUCCGUCGUUUCACACGAAGUUCCCGCGCAGGCCGCGGAGCGAAGCCCGCGUGGUAGAGGCGAAUGUAGAGAAUCAGACGCUGACAAUUGGCGUGCUCACGGGGGAGGAGCUGGGGCAAGGCCUGUCGUUCCGCUCAGCCAUCCGGCUGGCGUUGGAGGAUGUUCAGGCAGACCCCUCCUUGACGUUCCCCUAUCCACUGAGGCUCUCUUUUGGUAACACGGGAAGCACCAGGUUCCAGGCACAGGCAGCAGCACUGCAGACGAUGCUUGGCGACGCGCUGCUGGUGCUGGGGCCUGAAUACUCGUCCCAGGCUCACAGCAUCAUCGACCUGUGCCGCGACUACCAGGUGCCGAUGCUGAGCUUCUCGGCAACGGAUCCUACACUGUCAUCCAAGGGGCAGUUCCCCUACUUCGUGCGUCUGAGCCACAGCGACCAGAUGGAGAUGGAGGUGAUUGCGGACAUACUGCAGUACUACCAGUGGCACCAGGCCAUCAUGAUCUAUUCAGACGAUGAGUUUGGGCACAAUGGCAUGGACGCGCUCACCAACAUCCUCAUGGCCAAGUCGCAGCAGCUGCCGCUGCAGUUCUCCAACAAGGUGGCUCUGGACCCACGGGCCACCAACGAGGAGAUAACGCAGCUGCUGCGCGCCAUGCAGUCCUCCGAGACCUCCGUCUUUGUCGUCCACGUCGCCUCCUCCAACGUGCUCUUCCUCUUGGACGAAGUGCAGCGCAUGGGGCAGAUUGACCGAAGGGUACGGGUGGAUAUCCAGAGGUUUCUAUCUCCCUCUCACCACCAUGCCUCUUUCUCUCCCCCCACCUUCCUUGUCAUUUUCCCCGGUUGCAGCGCAGCGCAUGGGGCUGAUGAGCGAGGGGUACGUGUGGAUAUCUACCGAGGCUGUCAUUUCCCACCCACCUCCCUUGCCAUUUUUGAACCAACCCCCCCUCUUCUCGCCCACCUUCCUCCCCUGUACCCCCGCGUUUCUCCCGGGCUGCAGCGCAGCGCAUGGGGCUGA